AUGACAGACACCUGGGAUGCCGAUCGCACCCUGAAUGACAUCCGGCUCUUCCUUCAGAAUCAUCAUCGAAUCCCCCUCGAGCCUCCCCACGGGCGCGAUACCCAGCCACAUCCCAGCCCGGACCAGAGAUACGGAACCAUCAUCUUGCCUCUCCUCACUCUACCCACGGGGACCGACCGGGGAAAUCUGCACUGGCCGACCGUCCAGAGCUUUCUAGAAGCUCUAACGCCACUGUUGUACACGGCAUCCGAAGCUUGCCGAAUUUCAGAUGCAGAAAGACAUGAUCAAGCGCUGAGAAUCGUGGGCGAACUUCUACGGGAUCAGGAUCCAAGGAUGGGUGUUGCCGCCAUCACCAGCUACAGCUGCUUCGAGACUGUCCGUCUGUCCGUCAACCUUGCUCUAGACGCGGCACCGUUGAGAUCGGAUCAUGGCAGUCAGGUGGUUGCAGUUGCGGUCAUUGGAGACUUCUCUGGGGGGAAUAUCGUCACGUCUUCGCCGUUGAGACGUAUUGAAUUUCCAGUUUCCCAUGGAGGUAUCUUUGUUGUUGGUUCUACGCCAGGUCCGAUCUUGGUGCAGAACAUGGUGUUUGAAGGCGAAAGAUACCAAUUGGAGUUCUUCUUACCAGAUCUAAGUAGCUCUUGA